AUGGCCUCCAUCAGCGCCACUGUCAAGGCGUGCCCAGUUAUGGCCUCCCUCCUUGGCCUCGCCCUAGGAUCAUAUUUCCUCCAGUGGUUGAUGCGAAUCGUCAAGCCAAGAGUAGCAGCUGUUAAGGAUGAGUUAACCUUUGAACCAGCGCCACUCUUCGGUCGCUUCCAAGUGUGGCGGGUCUUCACAUAUCCCCUGGUUCAUCCCAACUUCGCCAGCCUUAUGGUAUCGACUAUUCAUUUGCUUUUCAGCUUGGACUUGGAGUCCACUCCCAACAUCGAUCUUCCUGGUGGGGCUAACCUGCGCUGUGGUACCGCUGCCAUUUCCGCUGGCUUCUGCUACCCCCUCUGUGGCAUCGGGCACAUCAGUGUUGGUCGGGUCGUGUGGCCGACUAAGGGACAAUUGGACCAUCGUAUUUGGAGGUCUAUCGACCGUAUGCUAUGCUGUUGA